AUGGAGGAGCCAACGGGACCGGACAGGUUUCGAUGGGCAGCUCUGGAUGAGGAGGAGCAGCGGGCAGAGGAACAAGCACAUCCCUGCGCCGAGACCUCCCUCCUUCCGGAGCUGCAACCAGCCCUUCCUCCAUCUUCCGAGGAUCAGAGGGGAACCAGGAGGUUGGUCAUGAAAAGGAAAGUGCUGCGGCGCAGACCCGACGGAGGAGUAGAGGUCUCCGACGAGUCGGUGAGCAGCGAGCCGGAGAAGAGCCUGAGGCAGAAAACGCUCCACCGAAGUCUGGAAGACAGCAUCUCCGAGGGGGAGAUCGAGACGAGCAGCAGCUCCCUCGAUGAAUCCCCAGAGCGGUGGCCCCGUGGGGACAACGUCCCCUUUCUCCUCAGGGAUUUCGGGAGCCGGAGCUCUCCCGCUUCUCUGUACACCACUGCAGCAGGACAACUCAAGUCCUUCAUCCCUCCACGGUUUGAGCCACUGGGCCGGAACCGGGGCAAAACCGACCCAGUGGCCAAAUAUUUCGAAUAUAAACGUGAAUGGGAGAAAUUCCGAAUCCCGGGAGAGGAUCAGCGGCAAGAACUGCGCUGGGAGAUCCGGGAGCAGAUGCUCUGCAAGCCCGAGCCCCCCAGCAAGCCGCAGCACUCCUACGCCCCCAACGCCUACGCCGUGCCGACCGAAAAAAAGAGAGCUGCCCUGCGCUGGGAGGUGCGCUGUGCCCUGGCCAAGGGCCUCAUUCCCAGAAAAAACACCUCCUCCUAG